CGGUCGGUACAAGGGUACAUUCACAAUUCUUUAUCAUUUUCCUUGCAAUAAUUAUCGAAAGUUUUUGAAAGUUAAAUUGUUUGUGAACAUUUGAUGCAAUUUUGCGUAAUGUUAUGAAAGCCAGUUUUGAUGCAAAUUUGGUUAGGGCGGAACUCUCAAACAUUGGUGUUGCAAGAGCUCUUGCUCUUUUUGACCGUGAGCAAUUUGUUAGACUUCUUGUUUUUUAAAUUUGUUUGCAUAUCUCGAAAGUGGCAGUCUUUGUGCAUCCAAUGAUACUAGCAAUUUAAUGAUAGCUUUUUUCCAUCAUUUUGAUAAAGCAUUAUUUCUAGACACUGCUCAGAAGUCAAUUAUUUUCUUUCCGUCGCUACCAUCUUGAGGAAAAACCCGCACAGAGUUUGCUUACAUAUCGAUAAGGUUAUUUUUUUGACGAAUAAAUAGAUUAGAGGCCAAAAAAACUUCAAGAAAAAAUUGUUUGAAAUUUGUAAACAUAUUUCUCUAACAGCAGAUUUGCAACUGAAUUCGAGACUGUUAGGACACUUUCGUGAGGGGGGUCUAUUUACUUUAUUCUUUUCUCUAUAACACCGAAAUUUUGUUAAUGUCAGAGAAUUUACUGACUUCAUUGUUUCGCACUAUAGAAAAGUGAUUGUUUCGCACUACACUGAAGGGAUGUCUGCGGAGCCCGUUCUAACAACAAGUAGCUUGUAUAUCCCCUUGUAGAAAGCUUCACUAUGAUCUGUCUUGAGUUUUUCUGUUGACUAUGAUCUAUCGGAAACAUAUCAAAUUACCAGAAGAUAAAACCCCCUAAUUUCACGCAGUUGGUGUGAUCUUCUAAUUGAUUGUAGAAAUAAAAAGUUUUUAUUGAAGUUAAUGUUUGUCACAUGGUAUGUUAUCACCUAGUAAAUUAUCUAGUCUUUGUAAUGAGGGCGAUCUUGCCCCGCCGGGAUCUCCUCGGAAAUGGCACCCUUUCUUACAACACAAUCGGAAAUCCACUUUGUGGCUCCCUGUCUUAUUAUUCUGCAACUCUGAUUGGCUGAAUUUUCGAAAGCGGUUUGUUUUGAUUCCGAGGCACUGAAAUGGCGCGCAUUCGAUGUUGAAAGGAUGGAGUGAGCGGGCGCAAAUUUGGAUGAGCGAAACAUGUUAGUUGAGCAUAUUGAAAGAUUGAUCCUGAAGUUGAAUAUUUUUAUCAUGGGUGAAAAUGAAAAGAACGAUAAGGCAGUUAAAAAAGAUUCGAAAUGUUUGUCGUUGUUGUCCUCAAACACGCCUGUAACUAGGACAUUGGCCAGUUCGAGUGUUUUCUUCACCCCACCAUACUCCGGUGGAAGCUCGUCGGAAGACCGGUCGCGAAGAGCCCCUUUUUUUCCAAGAGGAACAGGAGCUAUUCCGUUAGACUUUGGAAUUGAGUUCAAUGAAGAAUACAGAUUUGAUAUAAUAGGCAAAUUAUAUGAAGGAUCAGUGCAUACUGUUUUUAAAACAAUUUUCAACUAUUUGGACGACCUAUCCCUCUUCAGAGCCACACUUGUUUGCAGAAAAUGGCGGAGCAUUAUUCAAAAUGUUGAGCAUACUUCAAAAACACGCGUAUCCGAUUUUAUUUCAAGAAAAAGACGAUAUUGUGAAGAAAAAGGAAAGGAGAAUGUUGGACAACAGAAAAUGUCACAUGAAUUAGCGCAAUCAAUUUUGGAAAUCACCCCUUCAAGUGCAUCAAAAAUGCAAAAGAAAGAUAUAAGUUCUUAUAAAUAUAGACCUUGCCCAAAAUGCAAUUCACCAGCAAAGAUUUUGGAUACCCACAAAUCAACUUGCGAAGGAUGUAAUGAGACAUUUUGUGUUGAUUGUUUCAGAACUAUUGAAGCACACAAUGAAGGUGCUUGUCCAAGUAUAAGAACAGAAACAAAUGUUACUCCAAAAAGAAAAAAGAAUAGUAAAAAUUAUAUUGGUUCAAAGAAAAGUAAAGAUAGAUUACGGAGACUUUCUUUACAAAAGAGGUGAUAGCGCAUAACAUGAAGAUAUUUGUUUGCAUCACAUUGGUAAUGCAUCACAACUGAAAUUUCUGGAUGAUCUGAGAUGGAACAGCUUGUAAGGUGCAACUGAGUGCUUGGUUGCUCUUCAUUAAUGACCUCUCAAGACACAAGCAGUUCCACAGGAGAAAUAUUUUCAGAACUUCAUUGUUAUUUUCAUUUUUAUCAUUUCCACAACUCUGUGCAAUUUUAAGGCAUGAUAACCAUUGAUCACAAUUUGGACCAUUUGGAUUCUAAAUUUUACUUGGUAUUAAAAGGAUUCUGCUGUUGCAGUUUUUAGAAUAAUGAUCAUUUAUUGGCUUAUUUUGGAAUUGAAUUCUUACAUGAUUUUAAGGUCCUUGUGACAGUCUGAUGGUCUGUGGCUCCAGCCUUAAUGUUGCACAAAUUCUUUCUCUCUUUACAUCUGUAGCCAGUGUCUGCUGUAUUCUUGUGAAAUUAACAUAGGUUAAUUGUCAUGUUGCUCUCUAGAGGUCCAUUUAUUACCCAGCCUCCUGUUUUGUGGAUAACACAAGAAAUUUUCAUCAAUUUUUUAAUGUUUAAGCCUUGGGACUUUUAAUUUUCAGGACCAUUUAUUUCCAAAUCACUGAGUAACUAUCCUUCAAGAACUUGUAAUUUUUUAGCUAAUCGCCACUCAUUUCCAAUUCAAGUUCAGAUUUUUCAUGCCCUUUCAGUUCCUUAAAUAUCUCGAUGUUAGAAAAAGUCAAAAGAAACCUUUCAUAGUAGAAGAAGCCAAGCAGGUUUUAAUGCCACAAGGCUCCUGUAUAAGACUAAAACUGCACUUCAGUACCCUAUAUUCUGAAAUCAAUACCCUAAAUUCUGAAAUCAAUACCAGUGUAUAUGUUCCAAAUUUUUUAUUUAACCUUUAGAAAUUCAGCAAGUUCAGAACCUGGCCUUGAUACCACCAUGCUAGUGCUUACUGACACAUUUCCAUUUGAUUUGUUUUUAACACCUCAUUGCUUCUCUUUUAUUUUUUAAUUUUUUUGCAUUUUGCAGGUUGCUAGGUGAAAUGUAUUUAGUUUUAAGUUUAGAUCAAGGUUCUUUGUCUUAUCAAAUUAUUUUAUCAUGUACAUAUUUUAGACUUGUACAUAUUUCUCAUAAGAUAUUGCAGAACAUCUA